AUGAACGUCAAUCCCCAUUUACAGUACCUACAGCAACAGCAAGCGGGACAAAAUUCAAAUCAAUCCCCACAGUUAUCGCACCUUCAGCUCCAACAACAGCAGCAGGCACAGGCUGCACAGACUUUGCAAAGACAACAGCUUCUCAACCACCUCCAACAGACACAGCAGCAGCAGCAGCAGCAACAUCAGCAACAGCCUCAAGGAAUUAGCCAGGGUCUCAACCAAGGACUUAACCAACAAAUCGGAAAUGCUUCAGGUCCUUUGCUGAGCACUACUACCAGUAACCCGCUUUUGGCUGCUUUAAACGGCUCGACCUUCCAACCACAACAACAGACUCAGCAGCAGACUCAGCAGCAGAACCAGCCGCAAGUACAGGGGCCUCAGCCUCAGCUUCAGCAGCUUCAACAACUCCAGCACCAGCAACAACUCCAACAACAGCUCCAGCAACAACAGCAGCAGCAACUGCAAUUCCAACCAGCGGCCCCAGCUCAAUCAUACCUCCCUCAAGUACCUAUCAUAAAAGAAGUAUGGAUCCAUAACUUGGAACAUGAGUUUCAGUCCCUACGUACAUUUAUUUCAGACAAGUCUUCUUCGAUCUUCAUCACGAUCCACCAAGAAAUUCCGGGAAUCGUUGCUAGACCAGUUGGGACAUUCAAGUCUUCAUCAGAUUACCACUUUCAAACUUUAAGAUCCAACCUGGACUUACUUAACAUGAUCCAAUUGUCACUCUGUGUCACCAAAUUGAAGAAGAACUCCAGCAUCGAGGUGCUGCCUACUGUUAUCUGGCAAUUCAACUUCUUGUACGACUUGAACACUGAAAUGUUCAAUGAAGAGCAUUUAUCUAUGCUCAGCCAAACCUCACAGAUCAAUUUCCCAUUGCAUGUCGCUCAGGGAAUACCUCACUUGAACUUUGCCGAAUUGAUAAUUGAAAGUGGUUUAUUGCUUGAUCAAUCCAUUAAUUGGAUAAGUUACCAUGGAGGAUACGAUUUAGGAUUCUUGAUAGCCCUAUUACUUAAUGAUAGUUUACCAGUUGAUGAGAAAGAAUUCUACUGGUGGUGCUCCAAGUACUUCCCCAAUUUCUACGAUUUGAAGUUUAUGGGCGGACAACUCGUAAAGGGGAACAAUGGAGCUAACAACAUCGGUAACAGUAUUGGCAACAGCAACAGUAAUAUCAACAACAGUAAUAACAGCAGCAACAACAACAGCAACAACAACAACAACAAUAACACCAGCAACAAUAAUAAUAACAGUAAUAAUAGUAAUAGUAACAAUAAUAACAACGGUAAUAGUGGCAAUAAUCCUGGGGAUGAAAAAUCGUCUACCAAACCAUCGAUUGAGUACCUUGCUGAAGAACUUCACUUAUUGCCAAUUUCGCCUAUAGUUAGACAAUACUUUGCACUGCAACUGCAACAGCAAGCUGCACAAACUACACAGCAAGCAUCUCAACAAAUGACGUCUACAUUACAUGCGUACCUUGCGAUGGAAUGCUUUAAGGAGUUGUUGAGAAUCUCAAACGUGGGAGAUCCCAAUUUACUCUUGGCUCCAUUCAAGGGCGCCAUCUGGGGAUUGAGUGGUAACACCUCAUCAUUGACGGCUGCAACUGCAAGCGCUGCUGCAGCAGCAGUGUCGGGAAUGAAUUUAGCCAAUGGUCACCAUUUAGGUGGAGAAUUUGAGUCUAAGGGAGGUUUGACUCAUUUUGGAAGACCAUAG